CUCCGCCCCCCUCCUACCACGUGAUUGUAGUUGAGUUUUGACGUCGUACGUCUCACUUUCUCUUCCUUGGCCGCUCAGCACUGUGCAGCAACAACAACAACCAUGUCUUUAUCAAAUGGCAGCCAUGUCACAAAGGAAACCUGGGACUCGCACAACAAGAUGAUGUUGGAACCUCUGGCUGUCAAUGACGCUGAGGUGUUCUCCAUCAUUAAAAAGGAGAAGCACAGACAGACGUACGGCCUGGAGCUGAUUGCGUCAGAGAACUUCACCAGCAGAGCAGUUCUCGAGGCUCUGGGCUCUUGUAUGAACAACAAAUACUCUGAAGGAUAUCCUGGUCAGAGGUACUAUGGCGGAACUGAGCAUAUUGAUGAGCUGGAGAGACUAUGCCAGAAGAGGGCGCUAGAGGCCUACAGCCUGGACUCUGACAGAUGGGGCGUGAACGUGCAGCCAUAUUCAGGUUCUCCUGCCAACUUUGCUGUUUACACCGCCAUUGUGGAACCGCAUGGUAGAAUCAUGGGCCUGGACCUUCCUGAUGGAGGUCACCUGACACACGGCUUCAUGACUGAAAAGAAAAAAAUCUCUGCAACGUCCAUCUUCUUUGAAUCCAUGCCGUACAAGGUGAAUCCCGAAACGGGCUACAUCGACUACGAUCGACUGCAAGAAAAUGCUCGCCUUUUCCAUCCCAAACUCAUCAUUGCAGGAACGAGCUGCUACUCCCGUAACAUCGACUACGCCCGCAUGAGGCAGAUCGCGAACGAGAAUGGCGCAUAUCUGAUGGGAGACAUGGCGCACAUCAGUGGACUAGUGGCAGCUGGAGUCGUGCCUUCACCCUUUGACUACUGUGACAUUGUUUCCACGACGACGCACAAGACCUUGCGCGGCUGCAGAGGUGGACUGAUUUUCUUCAGGAAAGGUGUGCGCAGUGUGGACGCCAAAGGGAAGGAGACGAUCUACAAUCUCGAGUCUUUAAUCAAUCAGGCUGUCUUUCCGGGGUUGCAGGGCGGACCACACAACCACGCCAUUGCAGGUGUUGCCGUAGCACUCAAACAAGCCAUGACACCAGAGUUCAAGGCUUACCAGAAGCAGGUUCUUGUCAACUGCAAAGCUCUCUCCACCGCCCUCAUUGAGCAUGGCUACAAGAUUGUCACUGGUGGUUCUGACAAUCAUCUGAUACUGUUGGACCUGCGCAGCAAAGGAACUGAUGGAGGACGGGCUGAGAAGGUUCUGGAAGCCUGUGCUAUUGCCUGUAAUAAGAACACCUGUCCAGGGGACAAAAGUGCUUUGCGCCCCAGUGGGCUGAGAUUUGGCUCCCCAGCGCUGACCUCCAGAGGCUUGCUGGAAGAUGACUUCAGGAAGGUGGCAGACUUCCUCCACAGAGGCAUUGAGCUCACCUUGGAGGUGCAGAGAAGUCUGGAUCCCAAGGCCACUCUGAAGGAGUUCAUCCAGGCCUUGGCCAAGGAAGAAAAGUUUCAGCAGCGUGUGAAGGAGAUCAGGGCAGAGGUUGAAACGUUCGCUGGUCAUUUUGCCAUGCCUGGCCUCCCCGAGCUGUAAAUCACGAUGGCUCAACUGAUGGUUGUUGUUGGACUGUUAAUUAUGGAAACUAUUGCACACAAUUUUGGAGGUGUGAAUUUGGGUGUGUAUAUUUGAUACGGUUAAAAAAA